AAGCAAGAGUCCUUUGCUUGUACAGUCAUGUCGUCUCAGUCGGGAUCACGGCCUGUGCGCGCUGCUACCAAGAGAACGAGAGCAGUAUAUGAUCCAAACGAGGACGACGAGGUCGCUGAUCUAUCCGACGAUUACUACAGCAAUGACUCUGCCCCGACCUGUGAUGAAGAUGAGGACGAGGAAUAUACGACAAGGACGAAAGUGCCUGCCCUCAGCCUGCGUGUGAAACCGCCACCAAAAGCAAAGACCUCUACAGCAGUGGUCACGAACAGAGCCUCUACUACCACAGAAUCAUCCAUUGACGGAUUAUCGCGAGUCUUUGGCCGUGCGGAUUUCUCAUACCUGUCACUAAAACCUGAUCACGCCUCACGCCCGCUAUGGAUCAACCCGAUCGACGGUCGCAUCAUUCUCGAGAGUUACUCGCCGCUGGCCGAGCAGGCUCAGGAUUUCCUUGUUACGAUCGCCGAGCCGAUAUCUCGCCCAUCUUAUAUCCACGAGUACAAGCUGACCCCGUAUUCGCUAUACGCGGCUGUAUCGGUCGGUUUGGAGACGAAGGAUAUCAUUUCGGUGCUGAAUCGCUUAUCUAAGGUUGCCGUUCCACAGAACAUCGUGGAGUUUAUCGAGAGCUGUACGGUGUCGUACGGUAAGGUGAAGUUGGUACUGAAGCACAAUCGAUAUUUUGUGGAGAGUCCACAUGCAGAUACAUUGCAGAUGCUGUUGAAAGAUCCGGAGAUUGGGCCUCUCAGAAUCGAAGGCGAGGAUUACAAUAACAACAGCACUACUAUAGUCGAGGGUUUGGUGAAAGAGAAAGCACCGAGCAUGGGAGAAUUGACGAUUCCGGGAACGAACAGGAAAGACGGGGCGAAUGCGAAUUCGGCUGCGGCCGGUACGUCUGGAAAUGCGGCGGGUGACGGCAAACAGCAGACUGUUGAGGAUCUAUUCUCUUCGGUCGUGGGAUUGAAUAACGACGAAGAGGAAGAUGAUGAUAUGGACGCAGUUCAUUCGUUUGAGGUGCAUUCGAGCUCGAUUGAGACCGUAAAGAAGCGCUGUCAGGAGAUUGAUUAUCCUGUGCUUGAAGAGUACGAUUUCCGGAACGAUGCUCGGAAUGCGACUCUGGAUAUCGAUCUGAAGCCAUCGACGCAGAUCAGACCAUAUCAAGAAAAGUCGUUGAGCAAGAUGUUUGGAAACGGACGUGCUCGGUCGGGAAUUAUCGUGUUACCUUGCGGAGCAGGAAAGACGUUAGUCGGUAUCACUGCUGCAUGCACAAUCAAGAAGAGCGUGAUUGUUUUGUGCACGUCUUCGGUUUCGGUGAUGCAGUGGCGCCAGCAGUUCUUGCAGUGGUGCACGAUCCAGCCGGAGAACAUUGCGGUGUUUACGUCGGAGAAUAAGGAGAAAUUCAGAGGAGAUGCGGGAUUGGUCGUCUCGACGUACUCGAUGGUCGCAAACACGCGCAAUCGAUCGUACGACUCGCAAAAGAUGAUGGAUUUCUUGACGUCGCGAGAAUGGGGAUUUAUUAUUCUUGAUGAGGUGCACGUCGUGCCGGCGGCUAUGUUCCGACGUGUAGUAACGACGAUUGCUGCGCAUACCAAGCUUGGACUGACUGCGACGCUUGUGCGAGAAGAUGACAAGAUUGACGAUUUGAAUUUCCUGAUCGGCCCCAAGCUUUACGAAGCCAACUGGAUGGAUCUGGCAAACAAGGGACAUAUUGCAAAUGUGCAAUGCGCGGAGGUAUGGUGUCCGAUGACUACCGAGUUCUACAGCGAGUACCUGAAGGAGAGCUCGAGAAAGCGCAGACUGCUUUAUAUCAUGAACCCAAAGAAGUUCCAGGCAUGUCAGUUUCUGAUCAACUAUCACGAGAAGCGAGGCGAUAAGAUCAUUGUGUUUUCGGAUAACGUUUACGCGCUGCAGGCGUAUGCGACGAAGCUGAAGAAGUUUUUCAUUUACGGAGGUACUCCGCAAGCGGAGAGAAUGAACAUUCUGCAGAACUUCCAGCUCAAUCCGGAUGUCAACACCAUAUUCCUGUCGAAAGUCGGAGACACUUCUAUUGAUCUGCCAGAGGCGACGUGCUUGAUCCAAAUUUCUUCGCACUAUGGUUCGCGUCGACAGGAGGCGCAGAGACUAGGUCGGAUUCUGCGAGCGAAGCGAAGAAACGACGAAGGAUUCAAUGCGUUCUUUUACAGUCUUGUGUCGAAAGACACGCAGGAGAUGUAUUACUCCACCAAGAGACAAGCGUUCUUGGUCGAUCAGGGAUAUGCGUUCAAGGUGAUUACGCACUUGCAAGGCAUGGAGAAACUGCCUGAUCUGGCGUAUGCGUCGGUAGCGGAGCGGCGGGAGCUUUUGCAGAGCGUGCUUUUGCAGAACGAGGACGCUGCCGGGAUCGAGAGAGGAGACGACGCUGACAAUUUCGUGGGACGAGAUAGCGGAUACGUUAAGCCGUCGGCGGCGAAGAAAGCAAAGAGGACUGCUGGAUCGCUUGCUAGUUUGGCGGGCGGUGAUGAUAUGGCGUAUGUGGAGUAUAACAAGAGCAAGAACAAGGACAAGACGCGGAACCCGCUGAUCAAGAAGCUAUACUACAGCAAGAAGAAGGCAUAGGGAUAUCUAAUGUUGAUAAAUAGAGCUAUAUGAAUUUGAUUACGUAUGA